AUGAGAAAGUCAUUAAAAUUCAAGACAUUUUUAUUUAUACUAAUCAAAAUGUUAUUAUCAUUAUUUCAAACACUUGUCAUUGUCAUUAUUUCAAUUAUAUUCGUAUAUAGUAAAGGUAGUCCACCAAGAUUAAUUUCAACCAAUCGAAAAAUUGUCGAAGGAAAUGAAAAUGAACUAUUUGAAAUGGAAUGUCCAGUAUCUCCUGAACCUAAUUUAAGUAUUCAAUGGUAUAAAAAUAAUGAAGAAAUUGAUUCAACAUGGACACAAAUUGUCAUAAAACGUUUAUUAUUAAAAUUUCGAAAAUUAAAAAUAUCUGAUGAAGGUCUUUACAAAUGUAUGGCAGUAAAUGGUUUUGGAAGUAUUACGGCAGAAAUUCAAUUGAAUAUUAAAUCUAAUUCAACUACAAUAAUUCCAUCCAAUCAAUCAGAUAAACCAUUUCAAAAAUCUUUUCUUCCAUCAGGAGAGAUAAAUAAUGGAGAAGCGCCACAGUUUUUAUCGAGAUCUGAAUUAAUCUCAACAAAAUUAAUUCAACCAGAAGGUACAACUAUUCAAUUGAAAUGUUUAGCAAGAGGAAAACCAGAACCUGAAAUUAAAUGGAAAAAAAAUGGAAAAAUAUUAAGUGAAGAUGAAUAUGGAAUGACGUCAAAACAAAUAUUGGAAAUUAAAGAUCUUCGACAAUCUGAUACGGGAAAUUAUACUUGUGAAUUAUCAAAUCAAAAUGGUUUCAUUAAUGCCACUUAUAUCGUUAUUGUAACAGAAAAAGUUCAAUUUUUAGAUAAUGAUCCAGAAAAUAUCACCAUUGAAUCUGGUAAAAAAUUAAUAUUAAAUUGUAAAAUUCAAAUAAAUGAUCUACAAACACGAAUACAAUGGUUAAAACGUCUUCCAAAUGAUUAUUAUCGUUCAAAUGCUCUUGUUAUUGAUUCUGUACAAUAUGAAACAAUUCAACAUGAAACACCGAAUAUAAAUGAACAUCUUAUAUCAAGUCCAUUUAUUAUUCAACAAACAAGAGAAACAGAUUCUGGAACAUACAUUUGUCUAGUUCAAAAUAAUCAUGUAAUGACUUACAAAAAAGCAUUUGUACAAGUUGUUGAUAUUGAUUUUCGUUCAAUGUCAAAAAAUUCCACAUCAUCGAAUAGUACCAAUAAUAAUUUGAUUUAUUUUAUUUUAAUUCCAAUAUUUUUAAUAGGUUUAAUAUUAUUAUUCAUACUCUGUUAUCAUCGUACACGAAGACGACAAAAAUUAUUAAAAACAUCAAAUUGUCAUCCAUCACAUCGACCAAUGAUUAAUCAUCAACAGUAUCAUAAUGGUAAUGGUGGAUUUAUGUCAACAAAUAAUAGAGUAUGUAAAGAUUAUAUGAUUAAUAUUAAUUCCACUGCUAGUGCUGAUACUCUAACACGAACAACAAAUAAUUCUAGUAAUAGUCCACAAUCAACUGCCAACAUUAAUAAUCAGGACAAUUAUCGUUAUUCUUCGUCCAAACAAAUAAAAUCAAAUAAUAAAGAUAAAUGUUAUGCUCCUAAUAGUUGUGCAUCAUCCGAAUUAUCAGAAACAAGUAGUGGACUACAAUUAAGAAGAAGAAGAAAGAAAAGUAUGGAUGAUAGUACCAUCGGGUCUGAAUAUAAACGAAAUUAUCAGAAAUGGAGUCCGAAGAAAGAAACAAUAGAAGAGCGAAAAUUAAGGACCGAAGUUCCCAUUAGACAUUCAACUUUAGAACCCAAUCGACGUUUAAAAUCUCGUGAACAUCAUCGUUACUCGUCACCAUUCGUUAACGGCCAAGGCCUAAGUCGUUCGGAAAAUUUAGCUGUCAUCGGGCCAAAUGAUAAAUUUUCUCAGUCUUAUUUGCAUCGGCUAAGGGAACCAGUAAACGUUACAUCAGUAGCAAAACCACAAGAAUUUGCUAUAUUAGGAAAACAAGAUAAAUUUGCAAAUAAUGUUGCCUAUCCACUAAGGAAAAUACCUUCAUAUGAAGAACAAUCAAAAGUUGUUCUUCGGCAUAAAUCGAGUGAUAUUCAUUCGUGUGGAAUACAAACCGAAUUGAAGCAAGCUCCAAAUGUAACAUUUGAUUCUAAUGCCGGAAGAGAAUCUAUUUUGGUCAAAAAACGAGAUGAUCUUCAAACAGAAUAUCAACGUUCAUUCAAUUGGAAACAAUCCGUUAUCGAUCCAGCCAACGAACAGCUAUUUAUUGAAGACGCAAAAUUACGUGAUCGAUGUACAGAUUCAAUACUACCUUCAUCUGUCAUUGAUCCAUCCGAAAAACUAAUGCAACGUUCACAAUUAGCAUUUGACAGUCAACAGCAAACAACUCCAGUACAUGUUGAUUUUGAAAUUAAAAAUCAAAAUAGAGUCAAAAAUGUUGAAUCACAACAAACAAAAAGUAGUAUAAAACGUGACUCGGAAUAUCAAGCAAAAUUUAAACCCAUACAAAAUGAAAAACGUCCAAGAACGAGAAAAGCAUAUGAAGCUGAACAAGUGGAAGACAGAAAACGUAAAGAACUACAAUUGGCUGAAAGAGCUUAUACAGAUGAUGAAGGUGAUAUUGACUAUGGAUUACAUAGAAAAUAUCCGCAUGGUAAACUAAGACGAUGGAAAUCAGAAUAUCAAACAACAUUUAAGCCAUUUUGGAAAUUUGAUUAUAAAAAUGGAAAAUGGUUUCGUGAUUCAGCAGCUGAAGCAGAUGGUUUCAAUCCAAAUUUAUUUUGGUAUAAAGAAUUGGUAUCAACUAGAAAGAAGGCUAACGAAUUUAGAGAGAAUGCACAAGCUGACCAUUUUAGUAGAAAUUAUACUUUACAAUUACAAGGACGAGAUAAUAACGCAUGGGAUAUUGAUAAUCAGCAACAAGAUGAUGAUGAUAGUGUAAUAUCAGUUGAUGAUAGAUAUUUGGAACAAGAACGUGUUGACAGACAGCGACGACGUGAAAAAGCACAUCAACAAGAAAUACAAUCAAAAAUACACUAUGAUUAUGAAAGGCAGCAAAAAACAUCCACAAAAGAUGAGCAUAUUCAAAGUGAAAAUAAUCGUCCAAAUGUCACUGAAUCAGCGACACAAAGUGACGGAUCUCAUCAAGUAGAUAAAACUGUCUAUGUUGAUAACCAUCAACGUCCAACUGAAGCAACAAAAGCAUUUGUUCGAAAUCUUGGCUCAUCUUCGAUUCAACAUCAUAUGGCAUGGGAUUCUGAAAGUUUAUAUAGUCAAGAUACAAAUCCAUUGGAUAUGGAUUUAAAAUCGAACACGGCUAGAGAACUACGUCGUAAACAUUAUCAAUUGAAAGAACGAGAUGUCGAGGAUAAUUAUGGCAUACGAACAUCAACAGAUCAUCUUGAGAAUACAACAGUGACGAAUAAAUCACGUGGAGUUGGAACUCAUUCAUCACCAUCGAAAUAUAAUCAACAAACUGAUAGUAAAUGGUAUAAGAAUGAGUUUCGUCCAUCAACAACAGGUACAAGAGUGGCAGCGGGUCGUCCUACAUAUGACACUCAUAACAUUGAACGACGUCAUCUACCGUCUAAUGGUUAUGUUCGAGACUAUGAAGAUAAUUCCAAUAAUUUUAAUUAUACGCAAAGUGCGAGAGAUAACAAUAAAUUAAAAACAGAAGUAAACAAUAAACAACAACAACAACAACAAGAUUCAUCGUUAAACUAUUCUAAAUUAAAAUCAUCAGCUAAUCAUAAUACAUCUGAAUCUCAGCGUAAUUAUCAAAAUGGACAAUAUAAAAAUGAAAUACCAGAAUAUUAUCAUGCAUCGGGUGAUGAAAGAAAAAAUGAUAAACAAAACCAAUCAUUACAAAAUCAUUUAAACACAUUAAAUGAAGGAUUUAGUACAACAUAUAAUGUCAAUAGACAACAAGACAAUGAUGACGAUGUUCUGAGUAUUAAUUCAGCUCGUUCAUUGAGUUCAAGUUGUAGUUUAGCUUCACAAACGCUUGAACGUGCAAAACAAAAUAUGAAUAAAUAUUGGGGUGGCAACAAUAAUAAUAAUCGAACACAAACAACAGUAAAAAAUUAA